UUGACAAGCGCGAUCGCUACCCGCAUUCAUCUUUUGACCAUUGCCUACUUCGUAAAUAAAAAAAAUAAAUAAAAAAAUUACGCGGUAGAUUAAAAAAGAACAGUGCGUCGUGUGCUAGUGACAAAUAUUAUAUAAAUUAUCGUGUAACUCAAAACGUAAUUAAAUAAUAUAAUUGUGUCAUUUAAUUUUUUUUAUAAUUUAAAAUCACAAAAGUGUUUUUUAAACAAUUUCUUCGUGUUAUGGCAAUUUUUUCUACUAUCAUAUUUUUGAAAAGAUAGCAAGAACAUAAAACUUUGGAUGUGGCAUUUCUUGGCGCGAAAUAGGCAAGUCGCCGCCAUGUUAGCGGUAUUGACGGCAGCUGCUCUAGUCGUCAUAUUUUUGGCCACAAAGGGAUCUGGUUAUAGAAUAGUGGAACAGCAUGAUAUGGAGAGUGAUGAUAUCAGUGAGAGAGAUGACAUAUUUUCGACGUAUAACCUCCCAGCCGACGAUCGCUUCAUGGCAUCCAUCGGUAACGGCCACGUAGCCACCAACGUCUUCAGCGAUACCGUUUACAUGAAUGGUCUUUAUAACGGCCGUAAGGGUGAAAGUCGCAGAGCAAGGAUACCUGCUUGGUCUAAUAUUAGACUGAACUCGACUCUCACCCACCACCCUUAUAGACCUGUAUACAGUUUGGAUACAAAGCGAGGCUUAUUCACAGUCACUGUGGAAAGAGAACGAUCUACUGUCACGCAAAGAAUUUAUGCACAUCGGUAUUAUACAAGAGCGAUUGUCAAUCAGAUAGAGGUUGUUCCGAAAACACAUACUGACCCAAAUUUCAUCCACCAUGAAAUCUGGAUUACGAUUAAGCAAAUGCCAGGUUCACAUAGUAACGAUAUAGACUUUGCUCCCCCCACCGCUGAGAUAAUCGAGGGUCGGGCAUCUUGGAGGUCUUGUGGAAAGACCAGGGUCUCCGAAGACCCUGAGUACCAGCCGAUGCUGGUGGACGUGUGCGCUUAUUGGACCUCAGUGCCGGAUCAUUUGGUUGUGCCACACCACCGGCCGAGGGUCUUUACAUUUGUCAUGACAGUAGACAAUGAUCAGGAUGUUGCUAGAAAGGAGUUUGUUAAAGUAUUGCAGGAGGACGGGAACAGAUUGUUUAAGAAACACGUCGAAGAAUGGAAGAAACUUUACCAAGACGCCAGCAUGGAGAUUGACGGAAAUCUUAAAUUGUCUAAGAUCGUAAACGGUAUCUGGUACUACUACUUAAGCUCGCUGCCGUCUCGCGAGUCUUACCAGCCUGCCGAGAGAUUCUUUGGCUUGAGUCCCACGGGACUGGCUAGAGGCGGCUCUUUGGAGGAUUAUGAGGGGCACAAUUUCUGGGACACAGAAAUGUGGAUCUUCCCAACCAUUCUACUCCUGUACCCGGACUACGCCAAGAAGUUACUCCAGUACAGACUUGAAACGGCGUAUGUUGCCGCAAAUCUUGCUAAGAUCACUGGGAAUAAGGGAUAUAGAUUUCCUUGGGAAAGCGCGUACACCGGGUCGGAGGUGACGCAGCCCUGCUGCCCCGAGGUGGCGGAGUUCGAGCAGCACAUCUCCGGCUGCAUCGCGUUCGCGGCGCGCCAGUACCUCGCGCUCACCAGGGACGAGGACUGGCUGAAGCAUGGCGGUUGUUCGAUCGUCACUAAUAUUGCCGACUUCUGGGCGUCGCGCGCCGUCAUCAACUACACAACUGGCCUUUAUGAUAUAUCAAACGUGAUGGGGCCGGAUGAAGACCACAGCAAUGUGACCAACUCCGUUUUCACCAAUGUCGUUGCUGGAUACUCCCUAUAUUUGGCACAAUAUGUAGCCUGUCUAUGCAAAUCGUAUUACAUAUCCAAAGAGCCAGACCGUUGGGCGGACAUAGCCUGGAGUCUAGCGCUACCUUACGACGAAGUUCUGGACUACCACCCUCAGUUCGCGGGCUACAAGCGAGGGGAAACGAUCAAACAGGCGGAUGCCGUUCUAUUGGGAUAUCCGUUACAAUAUCCCAUGAAUGUAUCGACGAGAGCCAACGACCUCUCGUACUACGAGAGCGUGACGCGACCGAACGGGCCCGCCAUGACGUGGUCCAUGCACGCCAUCGGCCAGCUGCAGGUCGGCGACAACCUCAGCGCCGCCCAGCUGUUCAACAGGAGCUAUGACGCGUAUGUGCGGGAGCCGUUUAAGGUGUGGAGCGAGCUGCGGCGGCCGGCGGCGGGCGCGGCGAACUUCCUCACGGGGAUGGGCGGCGCGCUGCAGGCGCUCGCGUUCGGCUUCGCGGGGCUCGCCGCGCGCCUCGACCGCCUGCACAUCGCCGCGCCGCAGCUGCCGCCCGACGCCACCCGCUUCACCAUCCGCGGAAUCAAAUAUCUAGGCGCGAGUUUCACAUUAGAUAUUAAGGUAGCGGGUACAACACUAACCGUCACAUCACUAGACGACGCGUGGCCCCUCACUAUGUUCAAUGGAAAGUACAACAUCACCCUCGUGCCCGGGAUGACGGUAACACUGAAGGGACCUGGUCCUUUCGUAAUCCGUUCUGUGCCAUGGAAGGAUUGUCACCUCCCCGCUGAUAUAAUUGGUCAGAAUUACUUACGGCCCAUUGGAUCUUAAUUAUUAUCAAAAAAUUCCAAAAAACAUAUGAAUUUUCAUUUAUUUCAUCGCUUUCUUAAACUUGAUAACACGAAAAAGUUAUAAAUACGAUACAUAAUAACAAAAAUUGACCAUUUUCUAUAAUCCUGUAGCCAAUUUAUUUGCCAUGUUGAA